AUGGCUACCGGUAUAGAGGAAUGGAAAGAAAAGAGCAGCGAUGCCUGGAUCGAUUUCUGCGACAAAGUAGAGAGCAAGGGAGGCCCUGUUGGAGAAUUUGUCUCGCGGAACAUUUUGAAGCGAAUCGUCGUCAACGCCCCUGUCCUCUUGGGCUUUGUCCUGAUCUGUACACUGGUCCAUGUGUGCUCCGUAAUCUAUCCCGGCCUUCGGCCCAUUCUGGGCGUUGAUGAACGGUUCACGGAGUACUGGAACCCAUUUUCGUACCUCAGUCUGUUUACACAUGUCGUGGCGCACGAGAACUGGCCUCAUCUUCAAGGCAACAUGGUUCAUCUUUUGCUGGUUGGUCCAUCCGUGGAAGCCUCAUUUGGCUCCAAGAACUUGUUCUAUAUCAUUGUCUUGGUGGCCUUUAGUAGUGCUCUGGUUCAUCUGUUUGUUGGCAAGGCACACACUUACCAACUGGGCGCCUCGGGUGUGGUAUUUGCCUGCAUUCUACUGAGUUCGCUGGUGACAGCCUCAACCGGGACCUUGCCCUUGUCCUUUUUGAUUGUAGCCACUUGGUGGUUGGGUGAUGAAUUCUGGAAGUUCUUCUUCUCAGGAGACGCCGUCUCUCAUCAUGCGCAUUUAUCAGGUGGAAUCGUCGGAACAAUUGCUGGCUACUACAUCCACAAGAAACGAGCGGAACAGGCGGCCAAAGGGGUUGCCAGCAAGUGGUUAUCAGGCUUUCGGGCAGCCAAGAAGAAAGAGUAG